CUAGCCUAGCCUAGAGCCUAGCCAGUAACUGUCAAAGGCCCACAGUUGUCCACCGCUGCCCACUACGACACCUAACGGCAUUCCGGAACAUUCCACAAGAUGGCGCCCUUGCUUUCCAAUCUUCGGGCUAUGGGCGGAGGACGCCUUGCCAGGACGUCGACCUCGCUCUGCAAGGUUCAGGGGCCGACCUCAGACAGAGGCUCGCUCUAGGGGGAUGGGCGGGGGCCAGACGGGCCUCGAGUGGGAUCCUGGCACGGUUGGCCGAUCGGCCCGGGAUCCCGGCUGCGGGCCCGUGUCUGCCCUAGCGCGAUACAGCGAUGGGCUCGAAUGCCCGGCUCCACGAAUCCCGGCCUUUCACCCGCACGGCCUCUCGGCACUGCCCCAGCUAGACACCAGCGACCUCGUCACAGCGCGGGCAGGCACUGCGGGGCAGCUGCAAACGAGCCCUGUCAUACGGCCGGAGGAGGCCUCGCCUGCCCUUGCGGCGGGCUCCGGGCACCCUGAUACCUUGACACAGGAGGCCCCGGGCGGCCGGGAAGGGCUGUGCGGGGGAGGGAAUUCGUCUACACCGGCGCCCGACUCGCUCAGGUCACGGCACUGCCCUGCCACCAGGCGGCUGGGGCGCGGGUGAGGCCAGGCGUCGGCCCUCGCUAUUCUGUUUUCUACGCUGAGGCUCGGAGCCUUCGAAGAACGGGACAGCGGGGCCCACGGACGGCUCUGAAGGCCUUCCCGCGGCCGUAAGAGCUCUCGGCGGCCGGCGUUCGAGGCGCGCGGCUCCGCUGGGAAGCGAGACCCAGGUGGCGCGACAAGACUUGCUUCCCGGCAACGCGCGCUCGGCCGGGCGUGGGGCGGGGCAUGGGGCGGGGCAUAGGCCGUGACGUGGUGUCGCGUAUCGAGUCUCCGCCCCCUUCCCGCCUCCCCAUAUAUAAGACUUCGCCGAGCGCUCUCACUCGCACAAGUGGACCGGGGUGUUGGGUGCUAGUCGGCACCGGAGGCAAGGGUGCGAGGACCACGGCCGGCUCGGACGUGUGACCGCGCCUAGGGGUGGCAGCGGGCAGUGCGGGGCGGCAAGGCGACCAUGGAGCUUUUGCGGACUAUCACCUACCAGCCAGCCGCCAGCACCAAAAUGUGCGAGCAGGCGCUGGGCAAGGGUUGCGGAGCGGACUCGAAGAAGAAGCGGCCGCCGCAGCCCCCCGAGGAAUCGCAGCCACCUCAGUCCCAGGCGCAAGUGCCACCGGCGGCCCCUCACCACCAUCACCACCAUUCGCACUCGGGGCCAGAGAUCUCGCGGAUUAUCGUCGACCCCACGACGGGGAAGCGCUACUGCCGGGGCAAAGUGCUGGGAAAGGGUGGCUUUGCAAAAUGUUACGAGAUGACAGAUUUGACAAAUAACAAAGUCUACGCCGCAAAAAUUAUUCCUCACAGCAGAGUAGCUAAACCUCAUCAAAGGGAAAAGAUUGACAAAGAAAUAGAGCUUCACAGAAUUCUUCAUCAUAAGCAUGUAGUGCAGUUUUACCACUACUUCGAGGACAAAGAAAACAUUUACAUUCUCUUGGAAUACUGCAGUAGAAGGUCAAUGGCUCAUAUUUUGAAAGCAAGAAAGGUGUUGACAGAGCCAGAAGUUCGAUACUACCUCAGGCAGAUUGUGUCUGGACUGAAAUACCUUCAUGAACAAGAAAUCUUGCACAGAGAUCUCAAACUAGGGAACUUUUUUAUUAAUGAAGCCAUGGAACUAAAAGUUGGGGACUUCGGUCUGGCAGCCAGGCUAGAACCCUUGGAACACAGAAGGAGAACGAUAUGUGGUACCCCAAAUUAUCUCUCUCCUGAAGUCCUCAACAAACAAGGACAUGGCUGUGAAUCAGACAUUUGGGCCCUGGGCUGUGUAAUGUAUACAAUGUUACUAGGGAGGCCCCCAUUUGAAACUACAAAUCUCAAAGAAACUUAUAGGUGCAUAAGGGAAGCAAGGUAUACAAUGCCGUCCUCAUUGCUGGCUCCUGCCAAGCACUUAAUUGCUAGUAUGUUGUCCAAAAACCCAGAGGAUCGUCCCAGUUUGGAUGACAUCAUUCGACAUGACUUUUUUUUGCAGGGCUUCACUCCGGACAGACUGUCUUCUAGCUGUUGUCAUACAGUUCCAGAUUUCCACUUAUCAAGCCCAGCUAAGAAUUUCUUUAAGAAAGCAGCUGCUGCUCUUUUUGGUGGCAAAAAAGACAAAGCAAGAUAUAUUGACACACAUAAUAGAGUGUCUAAAGAAGAUGAAGACAUCUACAAGCUUAGGCAUGAUUUGAAAAAGACUUCAAUAACUCAGCAACCCAGCAAACACAGGACAGAUGAGGAGCUCCAGCCACCUACCACCACAGUUGCCAGGUCUGGAACACCCGCAGUAGAAAACAAGCAGCAGAUUGGGGAUGCUAUUCGGAUGAUAGUCAGAGGGACUCUUGGCAGCUGUAGCAGCAGCAGUGAAUGCCUUGAAGACAGUACUAUGGGAAGUGUUGCAGACACAGUGGCAAGGGUUCUUCGGGGAUGUCUGGAAAACAUGCCGGAAGCUGAUUGCAUUCCCAAAGAGCAGCUGAGCACAUCAUUUCAGUGGGUCACCAAAUGGGUUGAUUACUCUAACAAAUAUGGCUUCGGGUACCAGCUCUCAGACCACACCGUCGGUGUCCUUUUCAACAAUGGUGCUCACAUGAGCCUCCUUCCAGACAAAAAAACAGUUCACUAUUACGCAGAGCUUGGCCAAUGCUCAGUUUUCCCAGCAACAGAUGCUCCUGAGCAAUUUAUUAGUCAAGUGACGGUGCUGAAAUACUUUUCUCAUUACAUGGAGGAGAACCUCAUGGAUGGUGGAGAUCUGCCUAGUGUUACUGAUAUUCGAAGACCUCGGCUCUACCUCCUUCAGUGGCUAAAAUCUGAUAAGGCCCUAAUGAUGCUCUUUAAUGAUGGCACCUUUCAGGUGAAUUUCUACCAUGAUCAUACAAAAAUAAUCAUCUGUAGCCAAAAUGAAGAAUACCUUCUCACCUACAUCAAUGAGGAUAGGAUAUCUACAACUUUCAGGCUGACAACUCUGCUGAUGUCUGGCUGUUCAUCAGAAUUAAAAAAUCGAAUGGAAUAUGCCCUGAACAUGCUCUUACAAAGAUGUAACUGAAAGACUUUUCGAAUGGACCCUAUGGGACUCCUCUUUUCCACUGUGAGAUCUACAGGGAAGCCAAUAGAAUGAUCUAGAGCAUGUUGAAGAAGAUGGACAUGUGGUGGUACGAAAACAAUUCCCCUGUGGCCUGCUGGACUGGGUGGAAACAGAACAGUCUAAGGCAUACAGUUCUUGACUUUGGACAAUCCAAGAGUGAACCAGAAUGCAGUUUUCCUUGAGAUACCUGUUUUAAAAGGUUUUUCAGACAAUUUUGCAGAAAGGUGCAUUGAUUCUUAAAUUCUCUCUGUUGAGAGCAUUUCAGCCAGAGGACUUUGGAACUGUGAAUAUACUUCCUGAAGGGGAGGGAGAAGGGAGGAAGCUCCCAUGUUGUUUAAAGGCUGUAAUUGGAGCAGCUUUUGGCUGCGUAACUGUGAACUAUGGCCAUAUAUAAUUUUUUUUUCAUUAAUUUUUGAAGAUACUUGUGGCUGGAAAAGUGCAUUCCUUGUUAAUAAACUUUUUAUUUAUUACAGCCCAAAGAGCAGUAUUUAUUAUAAAAAUGUCUUUUUUUUUAUGUUGACCAUUUUAAACCGUUGGCAAUAAAGAGUAUGAAAAAGCAGAAA